AUGGUGGUGCGUCUGUCCUCUCUCUCUCUCUCUCUCUCCCCUCUCCUCUGUAAAAAAAAAGAAAUUUGAGAUGCGGGUGUGGUUUUUGAGGUCUAGUGUUUGAGAUCUCGGAGGGUGGAAAAACGACGCCGAAUCAUUACCCCAUGGACGAAGCAACUCGCACGGUGUUUUACGAGACACGGCGUCACAUUACGAGGCCCUACAUUCCCAAUUACCCUCCUCAACAGGCAAACAACGGCAGCAGAGGGAGCUUUCGAUCACUGCUUUCCCUUCCAGGUGUGAGCCAGCUCAGGGAUAAAUGGAGCGAGUACAAACAGCCAAGAAAAUUAAAGCUGGCAUCUUUGUUUAUCUCUCCGAGAGGCGAGCGUGUGGCUGUUGCUUCCGGAAAUCAGAUAACGAUUUUGCAGAAGGAGGACGAAUACUCAAAGCCAUGCGGCACUUUUACAAGUGGAAGCCUUACUUCAUUUACAAUAGGAACUUGGUCGGAAAGUCAUGAUGUUCUUGGAGUUGCUGAUGACACCGAUACACUAUAUUUUAUCAAAGCAAACGGUGAUGAAAUAACAAGGAUUGCAAGGAGGAAUUUAAAAGUAUCUUUACCAGUAAUAAGCCUGAUUGUGCAAGACGAUUCUGACGUACAGAAAUCUUGUCUGUGUAGCUUUAUUGUGGUCACCUUUGAUGGUUCCCUUCAGCAUAUUGAGAUCAGUCAGGAUCCAACUUCUUCUAUAUAUUCUGCAUGCACCUCACAUAAUGGGUUAACUGCAAAGGGGCAGCUCUCUUGCAAUGUUUUCUGCGUUGACUACCACCCAGAGCUUUCUUUGCUUGCUGGUGUCAUACUAACCUCAGGAUCUUGUUAUCUUUCUCUCUGGCAUAGAAGUAGGAUCGUUGAUUUGGAGCAGCUUGUUACCAUUCAGUUUGAGGGUUUUUAUUCGAAACCAAAAGGAAUUCAGCUAGUAUAUCCAAAGGUGCUAAUCUCUCCACAGGCCAAAUUUGUUGGUACUUUAGAUGUCACGGGAUGUUUGCACGUAUUUAAGCUGGAUAAAGAAUGCCCUUCACUUUCCAAUUUUAUAUGCAGAGAGAGAUGCGAGUCAGAAGUGACCAAUAAUUUGUCAAGUGGAGAAGGGGAAUAUUUAAGUGACAUUGUGGAUUUUACUUGGUGGUCUGACCACAUCCUUACUUUUGCUAAAAGGUGUGGCGUUGUUACCAUGCUUGACAUCCUUAGUGGCUUGAAAGUUCAGGAAAAUGGAACUCUAUAUUCUAAGCCGGUUAUAGACAGAAUAAAUCUGUUUCAAGGAAACCUGUUUCUUUUGGAGACUCUGUCAUCUGAAGAGAGAUCUGACUCAAUGGAAACUAAUGCUUCACAUAGUAUGGAGCAUAUUGUAGUGGACAGCCUUGACCAAAUUUACAUUUCUUCGUUGAACUGGAGCCUUGUAUCAUUUUCUGAAAGAUCCAUCGGGGAGAUGUAUAAUAUUUUGAUUAGAAAUGAAAAGUAUCAAGCUGCCUUGGAUUUUGCUGCUUGUCAUGGGUUGGAUAAAGAUGAAGUUGUAAAGUCCCAGUGGUUGCAGUCAAGUCAAGGAACAAAGGAAAUAAGUACCUUUUUAUCAAAAAUUAAGGACAAAACUUUUGUACUCUCCGAAUGUGUUGACAAAGUUGGACCUACUGAAGAUGCUGUGAGGGCCUUACUUGUAUAUGGGCUGAACCUAACUAACCAGUAUGGGUUUUCUGAAUCAGAAAAUGAUGAAUGUAGCCAAAUUUGGAAUUUCCGUACGGCUAGACUUCAGUUAUUACAAUUCAGAGACCGGUUGGAGACCUUUCUUGGGAUAAACAUGGGCAGGUUUUCUGUGCAGGAAUAUAGCAAAUUUCGAGCUAUGCCUAUAAGUGAAGCGGCUGUUGCGCUUGCUGAAAGUGGGAAGAUUGGGGCCUUAAAUCUCCUGUUCAAGCGUCAUCCUUAUUCACUAGCUUCUUGCGUUUUGGAGAUUUUAGCUGCUAUCCCCGAAACAGUUCCUGUACAAACAUAUGGGCAACUUCUUCCAGGGAUGUCUCCCACUACAAAUGUUGCUGUGAGGGAAGAAGAUUGGGUUGAAUGCGAGAAAAUGAUAAGUUUUAUACACAGAUCACCCAAGGACUGUGAAAUUGGUAUGCAAAUCCAGACCGAACCUCUACUGAAGCCGUGCUUAGGAUCAGUUUGGCCAUCAACUAGUGAACUUUCAAUAUGGUACAAGAAGAGAGCUAGAGAUAUUGAUCGUUGUAGUGGACAGCUAGAUAAUUGCAUUUGCUUGCUUGAUUUUGCUAAUCGAAAAGGUCUUUACGAGUUGCAGAGGUUCCAUGAGGAUGUCUCAUACUUGCAUCAACUUAUUUAUUCUGAUGACAGUUGUCCAGAAAUAAAUUCCAGCUUGAGUCUUGUCAUGUGGGAACAGUUCUCUGACUAUGAGAAGUUCAGAUUGAUGCUUAAAGGAGUUAAAAAGGAAAAUAUGAUUGCAAGACUACGUAAUAUGGCAGUUCCAUUUGUGCAAGAUAGAUCACAGGAUCAGGUGGCAGAUGACCAUCCCACAACAGAGCAUAGCAAGGCUGAAUCAUUUCUGGUUAGAUGGCUGAAGGAAACUGCUUCAGAGAACAAAGUGGACAUCUGCUUGCAGAUAAUAGAGGAAGGGUGCAGCAAUUUUCAGAGUAACAGCCUAUUUGAGGAUGAGGUUGAAGCAAUAGACUCUGCUCUGCAGUGCAUUUAUUUGUGCACAUCUACUGAUACGUGGAGUACAAUGGCAGCCAUAUUAUCAAAGCUUCCACAAAUGCAAGGUAGUGAAAUAUAUAUUGAUGGACUUGAGAGAAGAUUGAAAUUGGCAGAAGGCCAUAUUGAAGUUGGGAGGCUCCUUGCAUUUUAUCAGGUGCCAAAGCCCCUGAACUAUUUCCUAGAGUCUCAUGAAGAUCGAAAAGGUGUAAAGCAAAUUCUUCGUCUUAUCCUUUCAAAAUUUAUACGUCGACAGCCUGGUCGAUCAGAUACUGAUUGGGCAAGCAUGUGGCAUGAUAUGCAAUGCAUUAGGGAAAAGGCAUUUCCUUUUCUGGACCUGGAGUAUAUGUUGAUGGAAUUUUGCCGAGGACUGCUGAAAGCGGGGAAGUUUUCUCUUGCGAGGAAUUAUCUAAAGGGUACAAGUUCAGUUGCUUUAGCAUCAGAGAAGGCUGAAAAUCUUGUCAUACAAUCUGCAAGGGAGUAUUUCUUUUCAGCUUCAAGUCUUUCUUCUCCUGAAAUCUGGAAGGCUAAGGAAUGCCUCAAUUUAUUUCCAAGCAGUGGAAAUGGCAGAAUAGAGUCUGAUAUUAUUGAGGCACUUACGGUUACACUUCCCAGCCUUGGAGUGACUCUCUUACCCAUGCAAUUCAGGCAAAUAAAAGAUCCAAUGGAGAUAAUCAAAAUGGCAAUCACACGCCAAAGUGGUGCAUUUUUACAUGUUGAUGAACUCAUUGAGAUUGCAAAACUUCUUGGAUUGAGCUCUCCAGAUCACAUAUCUUCUGUUCAGGAAGCUAUUGCCAGAGAAGCUGCGGUUGCUGGUGAUCUCCAAUUGGCCCUGGACCUAUGUCUUGUUUUGGCUAAGAAAGGGCAUGGUCACAUUUGGGACUUAUGUGCUGCAAUAGCAAGGGGUCCUGCACUUGAAAACAUGGAUAUGAAUUCUCGAAAGCAGCUACUGGGUUUUGCUUUGAGCAAUUGCGAUGAGGAAUCCGUGAGUGCGUUGCUCCGUGCAUGGAAGGAUCUUGAUUUGCAAGGUCAAUGCGAGACAUUAAUGAUGUUGUCAGGGACAAAAUGUCCAGAUUUCUCAAUUCAAGGCUCCUCGGUUAUUACAGGUCCAGUCCAUGACGAUCAAGAAGUCUAUCUUGAUAACAUAAAAACUGUACUUUCUGCUGUUGCUAAAAACUUGCCUGUUAACGGAACGAACUGGGAAUCUGUUUUGAGAGAAAAUGGAAAUUUUUUGACAUUUUCUGCCCUGCAACUUCCAUGGCUGCUUGAGCUAAGUAGGAAUAGAGAACACAGUAAGAAGUCAAGUGGUAACUUUAUUCCUGGAAAGCAAUAUGUCAGUGUAAGAACACAGGCUCUAGUGACCAUUCUGUCCUGGUUGGCGAGAAAUGGUUUUGCUCCUACUGACAAUGUGGUUGCGUCUCUGGCAAAAUCAAUAAUUGAACCACCUGUUACCGAAGAGGAAGACAUGGUGGGUUGCUCCUUUCUGUUGAAUCUGUUGGAUGCUGUGAGUGGGGUUGAAGUGAUAGAGGAGCAGCUUAGAACAAGGAAGGAUUACCAAGAAGUUUCUAGCAUCAUGAAUGUGGGGAUGACAUAUAGCUUGUUGUAUAGUUCAGCAUUCGAGUGUGAAGAUCCUACGCAAAGGAGGGAGCUGCUACUAAGGAAGUUUAAAGAAAAACACACAGGUGAAAUAGGCAAAUUUGACAAGGUGCAGUCUAACUUUUGGAGGGAAUGGAAAUUAAAAUUAGAAGAUCAAAAGCGUGUUGCAGAUCGUUGUAGAGCAUUAGAGAAAAUAAUCCCUGGCGUUGACACAGUACGCUUUUUGUCUCAGGACUUUAAUUAUAUUGAGAGUGUUGUGCUUCCCUUGAUUGAUUCAGUCAAGUUAGAGAAGAAGCACAUUUUGAAGGAUGUUUUAACAUUAGCUCAUGAAUACGGCUUGAACCGUUCACAGGUCUUUUUGUGUUAUUUGAGUUCUGUCCUUAUUUCUGAGGUUUGGACCAAUGAUGAUAUUACUUGUGAAAUUUGGGAAUUUAAAGGUGAAAUAGUUGGCUAUGCUGUGGAAACCAUCAAAGCUGUUUCAUCUAUUGUAUACCCUGCAAUUGAUGGAUGCCAUAAGGUGCGGCUUGCUUACAUCUUUGGUCUGCUUUCUGGCUGCUACUUGCAACUGGAACAAAACAGAAAAGAAUUACCAAUUAUACACCCUGAUCAAGUGCAUUUAUCUGGUUUUAGGCUAUCUCGUUUUUACAAGUUAAUGGAACAAGAGUGCAGAAGAGUCUCCUUUAUUGCGAACCUUAACUUCAAAAAUAUUGCUGGAUUAGGUGGUUUGAACUUUAAGUGCUUAAGGCAUGAAGUGUACAUGCACGUAUAUGAUAGUAGCUUGGAAGCCUUGGCAAAGAUGGUAGAGGCACUUGCCAGUAUAUAUCCCGACCCAUUGUCGGAGGGUCUGAUAACAUGGCAGGAUGUCUACAAACAUUAUAUUUUGAGUUUGUUGGCAACUUUGGAAACCAAAGCUAGAACUGAUUCGGUCACGAAAAGCACUGAAAACCUUCAAAUCUUAGUAUGUCAACUUGAGCAGAGCUAUGAAUGUUGCAGAGAGUAUAUUAGACUCUUGGCACAUUUAGAUUCUUUGAACAUUAUGAAGCGGUAUUUGACAAUAAUCAUACCGCUUUUGGGUUCUUAUGGGACUCUACCAGAUAACUCAGCAUGGCAAGAUUGUCUAAUACUUAUCUUGAACUUUUGGAUAAGAUUGGUUGAGGAGAUGAAGGAAAUUGCAUCCCAUGAGGAUGUCGGAGAAAAUCUCAGGCUCAAUCUAGAUUGCUUAGCGUGUUGUCUAAAGGUUUUCAUGAGGCUGGUAUUAGAAGACACUGUCUCACCAAGUCAAGGCUGGGCUACAAUUGUCAGCUUUGUCAAUCAUGGUUUAAUUUGUGACUCUCCUUCUGAACCUUAUAUGUUCUGUAGAGCUGUGAUUUUUUCUGGUUGUGGGUUUGGAUCUGUGGCUGAAGUAUUUUCCCAAGCGGUUUUAGGGGGUCCAACGGGUUCCGCUUUGGCCGGAGACACUGAAAUCCAGGAACUUCCCCUUCUCUACUUAUAUAUUUUGGACAGCAUUUUGCAGGAUGUGGUUACCCAUGGAUCCCAGGAAUAUGAGAAAUUAUAUCAGCUACUAUCCUCAUUGAGUAAAUUAGAAGGUGAUUUAGAAGAUUUAGAUAGGGUGAGGCAACUAGUUUGGAAAAGAAUGGCUAAGUUCUCUGAAAACCUGCAGCUGCCGGGUUCAGUUCGGGUUUAUACUAUAGAGCUUAUGCAAUACCUCACAGGUAAUAGUAUCAAGGGUUUGUCUGCUAGUAUACAAUCUAAUGUUACGCCGUGGGAAGGAUGGGAUGAGGUGUACCUUGCAAGUAAAAAUAGUGAGACUGCUAAUCAGGGGUCGGCAGAUCAUAAUGAUACAUCUAACAGGUUUACAAGUACAUUAGUUGCCCUCAAAUCGACACAGCUUGUGGCAACCAUAUCACCCACCAUGGAAGUUACCCCCGAUGAUCUCUCAAAUCAAGAGACCGCUGUUUCUUGCUUUCUGAAGCUGUGUGAUGCUGCACAAACAUAUUCUCAUGUUGAUUCUUUGCUAGCCAUGUUAGGGGAGUGGGAAGGGUUUUUCUCAGUGAGGGAAGAUAAGAAAGCCUCUAUAGAAGCUCCUGAGGCUGGAAAUGAUUGGGAUGAUAACUGGGACGAUUGCUGGGAGAGUUUUCAGGAGACAGAAUCUCCUGUGAAUGAGAAGGAAAUAUCCUUUUCCGUUCACCCUUUGCAUGCAUGUUGGUUGGAGAUUUUCAAAAAACUCAUAACGCUCUCCCAAUUUAAAGAUGUCGUCAGACUAAUUGAUCAUUCCCUACCGAAAUCAAAUGGGAUAUUGCUUGAUGAAGAUGGGGUGAAGAGCUUGAGCCAGAUCCUUCUUGAAAGAGAUUGUUUCAUGGCUUUAAAGCUGGUGCUUUUACUGCCUUUUGAAUCACUACAGUUGCGGUGUUUGGCUGCCGUUGAAGACAAGUUGAAGCAAGAAGGCAUCCCUGACUCGAUUGGCGGUGACCAUGAGUUAUUAUUGCUGGUAUUAUUCUCCGGGGUUUUACCCACUAUCAUCUCCAAUUCUUCAUACGGAAACACUUUCUCUUAUAUCUGCUAUUUGGUCGGGAACAUAUCCCACAAGGUUCAAGCAGCUCAAGUGCAAAACGAGAGAUGGCCGUUGCUUUUUAGAAGAAUGCUCUUCCCCUGUUUUAUAUCAGAGCUUGUGAAAGCAGAUCAGAAACUUCUAGCCGGACUCAUGGUUACGAAAUUUAUGCACACAAAUGCAUCGCUUGGUCUUGUUAAUGUUGCGGAGGCAAGUCUCAGUCGGUUUUUGGAGGUGCAGCUCCAUGUACUACACGACCUGCUUGAUGAGACACAUUCACCGGAAACAUUGAACAAUACUGUUUCUAGUUUGAGAGGCAAGUUGGAAAAUCUGAUCCGGACCGCAUUGUCAUUGCUUCCAACUAAAGUCAGAUGAACAGGUAUGAUGAACUCUUCCUACUUUCUGUCGUUAGGAGCCGGAGUUGUAUGUAUAGAUGUUUGUUAGGCAGUGUUUGAAAAUAUAGCUCGGGAUGUAAACUUGACACCGAAAGGAAUACAGAUGAUGUACAGUCUCCGUACUGAUCCUUGUCGGAUCGGAGUGUAUAAAUUCGAAUAAGACACGUAUCUUACUAUUUGUAUAGUAGCACGUGGUGUACCACUCUGUGUACUGAUCACAUUGAAAAAUUUCUCCUUCGUGAAA